AUGGUGUCAAGAUUAACAACAAUCGUCCCCACUUCUUGUUUCGUUAACGAAUCUGGAAUAAGCAACCGUACAAAUAUUGUUUCUCUGGAAAUCAUUCCUCCUAUGGACCAAACUCCACCAGACACUAUUUAUUCUGGUCAUCAAUUUGUUAAUAUGGGUCAAAACUCUUUAGGCACUACCUGCUAUAAUUCUCCAUUGACAUAA